UUUUUUUAAGAAAGUUCUAAAAAAUCUUUUUAAAAUAUUUUCGGAAUCAAUUUAAAUUUUAUAUCCAAAAGUAAUUAAUUUUAAUUUUAGUUAUCAUAAACUAUAAUAAGAAAUUAAAAUUUAUUUUAGCUUUGAUUUAUAUAUGAAAAUGUAAAAUUAUAUAAAGUAUUAUAAUUAUAUAUUCACUGAUAAUAACAAUCUAAACUGAUUAAUUUUCAAAAAUAAAAUUUACAAAGAUUUUGUUAGAAAUAUUCAUUUCUAUUUCAAAUUAAAAGAAGAUAUUUUAUCCAACUUAGUGCAUUUUGAAAAUAUGAUAUUUACUACAAACAUAUUUUGAAGUACAAUUUUUAUAGUUUUUCUUUAAAAGAAAUUCUUUACAGUAUCUCAAAAAAUAUAUUUUCUACUAUGUAGAUCCAAUUUAAUUUGCUUUCAUAUAAAUUUAAAACAAAAAGUAUGUAAAGUAAUAUUGUUACAUAAUAAAGUUUCUAAAAUAAUUGUUGUUACAAAAAUACAAAAUUUAUAGUAAUAUUAUAUAAGCCAAGUAAACAUAGUUAUUAUUGAAUUAUAUAAUAUAUAACACUAAAUUACAUUAAGUUAUUGGUUAAUUUUGUUAUAUAAACUAAAAAAUUGUAGUAUAUAAAUAAAAAAAAACUUGCACGGUUGUGCGGAUCAAGAUCUAGUGAUAAUUAAAAAAAAUACCGUAUCAGCAACUUUUCAAGUCGUGUUUGAGUGUUUGUUCAUGGCUGCCACAACACUGAUACAAUACUAUAUAUUAAUUAUAUGUUUAGAGUAGUUUCAGUGAUCCACUUAAAAUAUCUAUGGAAAAACUUUGAGGUUUCUUGAUGUUGUAAACCUGAAGAAGAAACACGAGUUGAAAUCAUAUAGCGUUUGAUAAAAAUAUUUUAUCAUAGUAGUCUUUUUUUUUUGACGUCAAGCUCCAUGUAUUAUUAAUUCAAAGUAAAAAUGGUUAGCAUGUGAAGCUAGCUAAUUCAGAAUUACAGAGUUUACAUGGAGAAAUAGAGAAUUUUGGGAACGAGCUUCUAUGGCAAGGAGAUCGGCCCUAGACAUUAGUCGAUUUAUGCGAUGUAGAAUUUAUGUAGACAUUACAAAGUUUUAUUAUAGUAGUCACGAUUUAUAUUAUAUAAAAAGGUUUUAUUGUGUAUAUAAAACCUUUCUAUAUAAUAUAAAUCGUGACAACUAUAAUAAAAACUCUGCACAAAUCGACUAAUGUAGAACUUAUGUGAUGCUAAUGUAUUGUCUAUGAUAUUAAAAACACAAUAAAACCUUUCUUCUUUUUUGAACACAAAAAAGAAGAAAGGUUUUAUUGUGUUUUUAAUAUCAUAGACAAUACAUUAGUCGAUUUGUGCAAUGUAGAACUUAUGUGAUGUUAAUGUGAAAUUAAAUGAUACUAAAUUUUAUGACUUUCUAAUAGAUAAUCAAAAGUGAAAUAUUGCAUAUGAAUUAGAUUGUGACUUCUAUUUUAAUAGUAUAGAUGAGUCAAAUGAUGAUGUUUAACUUAAAAUAAACUGACUCAUCUAUAAACCGACCACCUCAACAUGUUAUCAACACAAUGUAAGUUCCAUACAUAUUAAAGCGUUUGAUGUUAAAUAUAGACUAAUUUCAAAUUUGUAUCAAGUUUGGAUAUGUCCGAGCACAGUCAAAAAAAACCUUAGAAAUCCAUCAAAUGAUAACACUCUUAGUUGAAGAACUAAUCGGCUUUGUAGACAUCGUCUGGUGAAGACAUCGUCUCAGGCAGAGUAGAUCUACGUCGGGUUCUCCGACGUGGAGGCGCGUGGGACUAAGGGUCUGUGGUUUUGUCAUCCAGGGUCCUCGGUUCUGUGGCGGCGCGUGCGGUUUCGGUUUGCUUCAGGGGCCUGAUCCAGGGCUUGCUCCUGACUGCUCUACUCGUGGAGUGGUGUGGCCGGUGGUUGUCUGUUCUGUUAAUGAUGCGGUGGUGUGGCGCUUCUCAACGGUCAUCCUUCCUGAAUAAUGGCUCGACCUUGUCCUGCGGGAGUGCUUGUCCUCGGGUUUUACUGUCAGCCUGGGUUAGCUGCAGCUAAGGAGGUCGUCUACAAGCUGUUCUUGGUUGAACCUUAUCCUAAAGAGCGGAUCAUCGGGCAUACCAAUUUCUACCGGGUUCCGACUCUCGCAUUCACAUGGUUCCUCCUUUUGUGGCAAGUAGUUUGUUCCGAGUUAGUCAAGGCGUCCGGUUAGCGGUUCUCCUGUUGUGUCGGUUCCUGUUUUCGAUUAGGUUGCGUCUCUGUUUAGAUGCUUUCAAUUCAUCCGCUUCUUGUAAUCUCCGUUCUUCUGUCAAAAAUUAAAAUCUGGUAAUAAUACUUUAACAUUUUUACCAAAAAAAAAGAACUAAUCGGCUGCUUUUCUAUGGUAACACCUAGAGUGUAAAUGAGAUGGGCUGAAGGCCCCAUCCUAGAAAAAGAUCUCAUUGUGAUUUUCUUUUCUCUACCAACGCCUAAUACGUUGGUUAGUUUUUCGUGUUUGGGUGGGUUUAUAUAGAAAAGCUUUCAUCUAAAAUCCAGCUCUACAGUGACCCAAAAAAAAAAAAAAAAUCCAGCUCUACACUUUUCUUUUCCCUGUUUAAUUUGUUCUCCAUUUAACAAAUUAAUGUAUGCAUGUCUACACGAUGCUACUAUGAGACGUGCACGAACUUUAAGAGAACGUCAACAAGCCACUUUCCAUUCUUAAAUCAUAUGUUCAAGAAGAAUUUUGUAUAUCAUGGAUGCAUCAUUUUGUUCAUUGAGCUAGUAUGUUUAUUUUAUACCUUUUACAACUCAUUUAUUUUGUAUUUAUACCUUUCUUUUUUGAGUUAUUCAACGCACUUAAUUAAGAAUUAUCAUUGGUUUUGUAUGAUUGAUGAUAAGUAACCCGCUUGCAUCCCAAGUCUGUAUCUAAUUCGAUACACAUGUGUUUGACGACCAUCUUCUAAUAGCUUACGUCGUAUGAAAAUUCAGAGUGUUAUAAAGCCGAUCAGUUUUAAUUUCGGAUUAAGAAGACUUCAAAUUACAUAAAUAAUGUUAGUUAACCCGUCUUGUCUUGUUCGCGGUUAUAAAAAGCUAAUUCCAUGAGAUCAUGUCUUAAUGGAUACUAUUCUCAGCAGUCAGCAUAAACAUCUUUGGUUGAUAUUCAAACGGUACGAGGGAUUUCGGUGGACCUAGAACAAUGAACUAAAUCAUGCAUCCAUGUUGUACAAAGCUCUUCGUGGACUUGUCAUUAAAAAAAUGGAAAGCGGCUAGUUGACGCUCUCCAAACGUUCAUGCACGUCUCAUACUCGCAACGUGUAGACAUGCUUCCACGAUUUAGUUGGAUGGAGUCCAAAUUAAACAAAUUGCAGAGCUGGAUUUAGAGAAACACUUUGCUAUAUAAACUCAUUACCCCAUUCCUUACAACACAAACAAAAACAAGAAAAACUAACCAACCUAAACGUUGGUAAGAAAAAAAAAAUCAGAAUGAGACCUUCUUCCAGGAUGGGGCCUUCAGCCCAUAUCACUUACGCCCUAGGCGUUAUCAUCAUGGCAGCAAUGGUUGCUGCGUAUGAACCAUACAGCUUGCCACCACUCCCUUCAUAUUCACCAUCUCCAAAGAUAGAAUAUAACACUCCUCCCCUACCAUAUAUCCACAGUUCUUCACCACCACCACCACUAUACUAUUCUCCAUCACCAAAGAUUGACUACAAAUCACCUCCUCCACCGUAUGUCUACAGUUCCCCACCACCUCCUUACUAUUCCCCAUCACCUAAAGUUGACUACAAAUCUCCCCCACCUCCAUAUGUCUACAGUUCUCCCCCACCACCAUAUUACUCACCAUCUCCCAAAGUCGAGUAUAAGUCUCCCCCACCACCAUAUGUAUACAGUUCUCCCCCACCACCUCCGUACUACUCUCCAUCACCAAAGGUAGAUUACAAAUCUCCUCCACCACCAUAUGUCUACAGUUCUCCACCACCACCACCAUAUUAUUCACCAUCUCCUAAGGUUGAGUACAAGUCUCCUCCACCACCGUAUGUCUACAGCUCUCCACCACCACCUCCGUACUACUCUCCAUCACCAAAGGUAGACUACAAAUCUCCUCCACCACCGUAUGUCUACAGUUCUCCACCACCACCACCAUAUUAUUCACCAUCUCCUAAGGUUGAAUACAAGUCUCCUCCACCACCAUAUGUUUACAGCUCACCACCACCACCACCAUACUACUCACCAUCUCCUAAAGUUGAGUACAAGUCUCCUCCACCACCAUAUGUAUACAGUUCUCCACCACCACCAUACUAUUCACCAUCUCCUAAGGUUGAAUACAAGUCUCCUCCACCACCAUAUGUUUACAGCUCCCAACCACCACCAUACUACUCACCAUCUCCUAAAGUUGAGUACAAGUCUCCUCCUCCACCGUAUGUAUACAGUUCCCCACCACCACCACCAUACUACUCACCAUCUCCUAAGGUUGAAUACAAAUCUCCUCCACCACCAUAUGUUUACAGUUCUCCACCACCACCUCCAUACUACUCGCCAUCACCAAAGGUUGACUACAAAUCUCCUCCACCACCAUAUGUCUACAGUUCUCCACCACCACCAACAUAUUAUUCACCAUCUCCUAAGGUUGAGUACAAGUCUCCUCCACCACCGUAUGUCUACAGCUCUCCACCACCACCAUAUUAUUCCCCAUCUCCUAAGGUUGUGUACAAGUCUCCUCCUCCACCGUAUGUCUACAACUCACCACCACCACCAUACUAUUCUCCAUCUCCCAAGGUAGAUUACAAGUCUCCUCCACCACCAUAUGUUUACAGCUCCCCACCACCGCCACCAUACUACUCACCAUCUCCUAAAGUUGAGUACAAGUCUCCUCCUCCACCGUAUGUAUACAGUUCUCCUCCACCACCAUAUUAUUCUCCAUCUCCUAAGGUUGUAUACAAAUCUCCUCCACCACCGUAUGUCUACAGUUCUCCACCACCACCAUAUUAUUCACCUUCUCCUAAGGUACACUACAAGUCUCCUCCACCACCAUAUGUUUACAGUUCUCCACCACCACCAUACUACUCUCCUUCUCCAAAGGUACACUACAAAUCCCCUCCACCACCAUAUGUCUACAGCUCUCCACCACCACCAUACUAUUCACCAUCUCCUAAAGUUCAUUACAAAUCUCCACCACACCCGCAUGUAUGUGUCUGCCCACCACCUCCUCCAUGUUAUGCUCCUUCACCAAAAGUAACAUACAAAUCUCCUCCACCACCAUAUGUUUACAGUUCUCCACCACCACCAUACUACUCACCUUCACCUAAGGUGUAUUACAAGUCUCCUCCACCACCAUAUGUUUACAGCUCACCACCACCACCACCAUACUACUCACCGUCUCCUAAGGUUGAAUACAAGUCUCCUCCACCACCAUAUGUUUACAGCUCACCACCACCACCAUACUACUCACCUUCACCUAAGGUGUACUACAAGUCUCCUCCACCACCAUAUGUCUACAACUCUCCACCCCCACCACCAUACUACUCUCCAUCCCCUAAAGUAGACUACAAGUCCCCUCCACCUCCAUAUGUCUACAGUUCUCCACCACCACCUUAUUAUUCUCCUUCUCCAAAAGUUGAGUACAAAUCUCCACCACCACCAGCUACAUAUUACUGAAAACCAGUAAAUGCUACUCUUAAAUGAGCUAUUGAAUGUUAUGUGAUUUCAUAUUUCAUUUCUUGUUAUAACAUGUAUGCUAUCAAUUUUAAUUUUCUUGGGAAUGUCUUAAUAAUUUGGUUAUAAUUCCUUUAUAUGGUUUUGUGUGUGUUUCUGUUAUUAAAUUUCUGCAAAGAUUGCUUGUGGUCUAUCUGUAGUCAUUUGCAAAUUGUGAUUAUGAAUUGCUUAUUCUUGACAUGGUAGUUUUGAACAACUACGUAAUCCUGGUUACAUGAGUUUUGUAUAUGGAUUGCAUACCUAAAUUGCAAAGAUUAUUUAAAAUUCCAUUGUAGUCUUGUUCGGAAA